GUAGUUUUGAGACUGGGCGCGCGGCGGAGCGGGUCCUGGUGGGAAAUUUGUAUCUCCUCGGGGAAAGAGUCUGUUUUUGUUGUGUGGGUGGUGUGUGUGUGUGUGCGUGUGUGUGUGUGCGCGCUGUGUAAGCCCUUCAAAGCAUGGCUCUCAACUUUCAGACAUCGACCCUUUCUCUGACUUUACCGAUUUCGUGUCAGAUAUGUCUCGGAAAGGUCAGGCAGCCGGUCAUUUGUGCCAACCACCACGUGUUCUGUUCGUCCUGCAUGGAAAUGUGGUUAAAGAAAGCCAGCCAGUGUCCCACCUGCAGAGUCCCCAUCACAGCAGAGAACCCCUGCAGGGAAAUCAUCGGAGGCACAAAUGAGAGUGAUCACAGUGAUAGUCCGUCCACGAGGAAAUGUCUCCGAAAAACCAGAGGGGAGCUGCUUUUACGGGAGUACGAGGAGGAGAUUGAUGGGCUCAUCAGAGAAAACGAGGAGCUGAAAACCAAAAAUCAAAAUCUGGAGUCACGGCUGAAGACUGCUUUGGAUCCCUGCAGCAUGAAUGCAGCGCAAACGGAUGACAAACGAGUUGACCCUUGUGUUCUGGAAGAGUGGACGAACAAGUUGCGAGCUGCCACGGAGGUCUGCGAUGAAGUAAAGCAGGACAUGGACAAGCUGAAGGAGGCAAACAAGGCAUUACGAUCUCAGAACGUCGACCUCGUACAAGAGAAUAUGAGACUGAAAGCAGAGGUGGUGAGCAGAUCUCCUCAGAAGUUCGGUCGUUACACAGUGGCAGCACUGGAAGCUAAAAUCCAGCAGUAUGAGCGUGAGGUGGACCACUUGAAGAAGGCGCUGGAGCGCAGUGACCAGUACAUCGAAGAGCUGGAGUCUCAGGCCAGGAAACUCGAGAAGAGACAUGCCGAAAUGGAGGUGUGUGGAAAGGAUGGGUCGGAGGCUCUCACACAGCAACAGAAGAUCAACAUGAUGAUGAGAAGCUUGAGUGACAACGAGCGGACGUCAAUCUGCAGCAAUCCAGAGGCAACAUGUCGAACAUUUUCAAGAAAUCACAGUUUGAUCUUCAAAGAGUUCAGUAAGAAUCUCACUGAGGAGCAGAAAAACGAGGACUUGGAAAGCACCUCCUCUGACUUUCUGCCCACCACACCGUCCUCUGCCUUCCGGUCCCUGACUCUUAGAAGUCCUGGCAUCCGCGAGAAGAAAGUUGCUUUUAAAGCUGCGCCUUAUCUGAGGAGGCUUGAUUUUGAUGAAUUUCCUAGUCUGGCCAGCAGCAGCAGCAGCAGCAGCACCAUUGAAAACCAGUUCAGCAGCCUUGAGAAGUUCGCCAAAGGCUUACCUCCAGGUACUGACAUGGAACCCUCAAAGUCUGUCUUCUGGGGUGGUUGGCAGAGAUCUGAAUCCAACGAGCCACGUCCAAGUGAAGAAAGCUCAGUUAAAGGAGCCACUUCGGCUAAUCUUAUAGCUCACAAGCCUGAUGGUGUCCAGACGUCCAGUGAGGCCUCCAUGGAUGCAGCUUAUCUGGACAAAAUCUCAGAGUUGGACUCCAUGAUGCUGGAUGGAGAGAGUUCCAGCAGUCGGGGAUCGCAGCUCUCCCUGAUGUCCUCCCCUCCCGCAGACUUGGACAACACCCUCGUCCCGGAACAACAAACCUGCCCUGACGUCUUGUCAAGCCAGGGAGACCAGAAGAUCCACCUGCCACGUGACAGCGCGGACGGCCCCGCCAAUGACAGAGAGGCUCUCGGCGGCUCUGAAGAGCAAAGUUUUGCUCCUCCAGGGUCAGACGGGGAGAGCGAUGCCCAUGUCCCUAGCUGUGCAGGUCAGCGAGCGCCCUCGCAAACCGAUGAACUCUCUUUUGAUUUGCUGUUUGAUGCACUGGAAGAAAAUAAAGCCGGCCCCUCUGGCUCUCUCAGUCCAACAAGCCAGGACAACGAUGAUAUAAACCUCUCCUCUUCCUCCUCCUCCAGCUGCAUUGGUAAACCUGCGAACACAACGACAAGAGACAGACACGGACUGAACAUCAGCCAGCCAACAAAGAGAAAGUCUCACAGUCCCUUUAACACAAACAGUCCUACCAAGCUUUCAAAGCUCAUGUGAAGUUAUUAAAAUGUGUUUUGGUCAGGCCUCACAGCCAUGUUGCUUCGGAAUAAAUUUGUGAAUGUGA